GAAAAAUCGGAAAAAAGUAAAAAAGAAGGAUUACGAUGUUCCAUAUUUCUUCCAGAACGGAAAGGAAUUUUAAAAGCACAUUAUAAAGUUUGAUGAACUUGUUAUUAUCAGAAAUGGUUUGAUGUACGAGGGUGAUUGGUUUUGUGGACAAAAACACGGUUAUGGCGUAUUGAGUAAAAUAUAUAAAAAUGGUAAAAUUCGUAAAAUAUACGCGGGUUAUUGGAUGAUAGGAAAGAAAGAAGGUUUCGGUAAUAUUUGGUAUGAGAAUGGGGAUUAUUACGAAGGAAAUUUUCAUUGUGAUAAACGUCACGGUUAUGGUCGCAUUUGGUACCAAAAUGGCGAUUAUUAUCAAGGAUUUUGGAAAAACGAUUUGUCGAACGGAAAGGGAAUGUUUAUUAAAGGAGAUGGAACAAGGUACGAGGGUUCUUUCAUCGAUGGAAAAAGAAACGGUUUAGGUACAUUUUAUCAUUUAGAUACUGGACAAUGUCAAUAUGGUUAUUGGUGCAACGAUUUUUCUAUUAAUAGCAUAAUGCAAGAUAUUAAUUGGCGGCAAUCUGCUUUGCAUCCAACACCAUAUCCCAUACCGGAAACUCAUAUUUCUACCAUUUGUUAUUAAUUAUUCUUUUUAUUUUCCGUUAUUAUUAUAAAUUCCAAUAAUCAUUUUGCGAAAUGAUUUUUUAUGAAGACAAACAUCUUGAGUUUAAUUUAGAAUUUUCAUUACACAUUUGGGGGUGACGAUGUUUGCUCCCAAUUCGCAAACUUUGUUCUUUGAUUGCUCUUCGUGUAAUCAUGAAACGUAAUAAUACUUAAUAAUACUUCGUUUCGCGUUAGGUCAUUAACUAGUUUGAAGUUGUAUAAAAGCAUUCAUCACGAGUAACAACCCUCGUCGCAUGGUUUUACGUGGUAUGCUUCAUUAAUAUGAAUAAUAAACAUUUAAAAACACGCUUCAGAUUGUUCUCUCUUUUUUCUUCUAUUUUUAGUUUAUAUUAAGUAUUAUUAUAAUAUUUUAUUAUUUCCUCGAAAAUAUUGAUGUCAGUACUGAAAAAUAAAACAAAUUUGUCGAUAAAUAAUGUAUAGAUUAAUUCUACGCUUUUACCAUCAGAGGCUCGUUAUCAUCAAAGUUAGUUUGCACAUUGUACCGAUAGAUGGCAGUAUAAGUUCAUUGAUCGAUUGACAAUAUGGAAGAUAAUAUUUGUAUAACAACUCAGUGUUUGUGAUAUGUUCUAUAUAAGUGUAUUUACAAGUUACUAUGUAUACAUUUUAGAUUUAAAGAGUGUU